UCAGGCUACACACUUCCCUUCCCAUCAUUUUAUCCUUGGGCAUGAUAUCCAUCACCAGAUCCUGUCUUUAAUAUUUUCUAGAUCAAGACAAUCUUGACUGGAAGUAAAGCAUGGCUGCGAAUACUCGCUACCAACCCGCUCCUCAGCGCGACUCGUUUGAGGAAGCUCAGUACGCUCAGCCCCCACCUUCAUAUGAUGCUACUGCGGAAACACCGCGAUCUGAGGAUGAUAAUGUUCCUGAUGACUUCAAGGUAUGUCUUGACCUUUUGUGAUUGUUGGUAACGGACAAUGCUAAUGACUUGAAGUUUGGAGGAACUGUCGCGGAGGGAACGCUUCCCAUCCGGAUGCAGUUUAUUCGAAAGGUGUAUUCUAUCUUAACUGUACAAAUCCUCUUAACCACGGUCCUCAGCUCAGUUUCUUUCUUCAGCGACUCCUACAGGCAGUGGAUCCAAUCCCACUUCUGGCUCAUGAUCGUUUCCCUCGUUGGCGCAAUCGCAUUCAUGUUACUCACCUACUGGAAACGCAAAUCGUACCCUACAAAUCUUCUCUUUCUCUCCGGAUUCACGGCCCUAGAAGCAUACUCCAUCAGCGUCGUGACCUCAUUCUACGAUGCUCGUAUCGUCGUUCAAGCCCUCGUCAUCACACUCGGCAUCUUUGUCGCCUUGACUAUCUUCGCAUGCCAGACGAAAUAUGAUUUCACGCACUGGAUGCCCUAUCUUUUUGGUGGAUUGUGGCUGCUCAUCAUCUUCGGGUUCAUGGCUGCUUUCUUCCCGUAUAAUAGCGGCGUGGAGCUCGUUUAUGGUGGUGUUGCUGCGCUUAUAUUCUCAGGAUAUGUCCUCGUCGAUACGCAGUUGAUUAUGCGUCAUUAUCACGUUGAGGAAGAGAUUGCCGCUUCCAUUUCGUUGUAUUUGGAUAUUAUCAAUUUGUUCUUGAGUAUUCUGCGGAUUCUCAACUCUCAGAACAAUAACUAAGCCGAUUCAGUGCAUUGCUAUCAGGGAGAUUACGAUCUCUGCACUGAACACAUAUACAGAUACAUAAUAACACCUCAGGUCUUGUGCUUUUUUCAUAACAAUUGAUCGCGCUUGUUUUUUAUGCUCGAGUUGCGAUAAAUGAGCAGUUCGUGUUUUGAGUUACUUCGUUACCUGCCCGCAUGGCUUAUACAGAAUAUGUGUAUAUCUGCGUUUCCUAUUCUUUCUAUAGGCAUAUCUAGUUAUGAAUGAAAUAGCGUUCAAUC